AUGACAGAAUUAUUGUAUAAAAAUAUUAUUAUACAGUAAGAUUGUCUGAGUGUUAAACAACUAAGAUAAUUCUCACAAUUGUUAGAACAAGAUUACUAAAGAUACCUACUUCUAAAUUUGAAGCAAACAUCAAAAUUGUAUGAACUAACAUCUGAUUAGAUCCAAGUAAGUAACCAUCAUAAUAAUCAUAUUAAGGGUAGAUUGAAAUUUCAAAGACUAAUGAAGCAAAAUUUAUCAUCAUCAGCGCUAAAUUACAAUAAUUUAUUCUAAGAGACAUUUUUUUUUACAAGGCUAAGUAUUAGAGAAGUAAGUAUGUCAUAACUAUUAAUUUAAUUAAUCCAUUAGUGUAAUCCAUGUUUAUCAUAUUAACAAUUGAAUUUGCAAAUAAUAAAAUAACACCACCAAAACUUAAGUAAGUUAAUAUAGGAAACUGUAUUACCUUAACUUUAUGAAUUAAAUAUUGUUUCUCCAGACAUGGAUCUAUAAAUCGUGUGUUGUAUUUAUUCAUCUGAAUAAUUAUUAUAAAUUGAGUGA